UUGAGGGGGGGUGGGGUACGGUGCGUCGGCGCCAUGCGACUCGACCACAACGACACACUGAAAACGAGAGUCAGGCAAUUGGUUGUCGUGCUCAAACAGUAUUUUAUCUAUUACCAAACCCAAAAGGAGGGCAAUUCACCACGUGAUUAAAUAAUUUAGCUGGGAUGCCGCCGCUCUCCAAUUUCGUUUUGUAUUGUUUUAGGAGUCUUCCAAAACUUACACGGUAGCAGCGCGUCAAAAGAGCUAGGUUUAAAGGGGUGCUCGCUCUGCCUUAAGCAUGGAGACGGAGAGCGCGAAGGAAAGCGCCGUCGUGACCGAUUUGGACAGGGACCAGCAGUAUUGUGAGCUUUGUGGAAAGAUGGAAAACCUGCUUAAAUGUGGACGAUGUCGGAACUCGUUCUACUGUAGUAAAGAACACCAGAAAUCGGACUGGAAGAAGCACAAGCAGUUUUGCAAAGAGGCCGAAAAACCUCAGUGUCAGCCGCAGCCCGAAUCAACACAACAGCCCGCACGGACUGCGAAAGGAGGGCAAGGCAAGCGGUUCAAAAAGAAAAGCACCGAGCAACAGAAUGACACAGCUUCUCAGAGCACCACAAACACUGGACGUUCAAAUCCGCCUGCAGAUGGCGAAAGAAAUAAAUAUUUGAUCACUUCGGCAACUCGCUCGGGUAGUGUGUCUGACAGCAAGCAGACUGGGGAAGGAAUUAAGCUCAGCUAUAAGACCAACGGACAAACGAUGUCCCCCCCGGAAAAACUGGCUAUGAACUAUAUCGUUCCAUGUAUGAAUAAGCACGGCAUCUGUGUUGUUGACAAUUUCCUUGGAGAAGAGACUGGACUGAGUAUUUUGGAAGAUGUGAGAGCCCUCCACAAGACUGGUAAAUUUACUGACGGACAGUUGGUUAGUCAAAGAAGCGACUCCACUAAAGAUAUACGAGGAGACAAAAUAACUUGGACUGAAGGAAGAGAGCCUGGUUGCGAGAAGAUAGCCUUUCUCAUGAGUCGCAUGGACGACCUGGUCCGACACUGUAAUGGUAAACUGGGAAACUACAAAAUAAAUGGAAGGACGAAAGCUAUGGUGGCCUGUUACCCAGGAAACGGGACUGGGUAUGUACGCCACGUGGAUAACCCUAACGGCGAUGGGAGAUGUGUAACAUGUAUUUACUAUCUCAAUAAAGACUGGGAGGCUAAGGAACACGGAGGAAUCCUGAGGAUUUUCCCAGAGGCCAAAGCACAGUUCGCCGACAUCGAACCUAAGUUCGACCGCCUGCUCUUCUUCUGGUCGGACCGGCGGAACCCCCAUGAGGUGCAGCCGGCAUACCAUACCAGGUAUGCCAUAACAGUGUGGUAUUUUGAUGCCGAUGAACGAGCUCGGGCCAAGGAGAAAUACCUAACAAGUGCAGGAGAAAAAGGAGUAAAGGUAGAAUUGAACAAGCCGUCGAAUCUGAGCUAAUAUGAGAGAAGCGGUUGGUCCUGAGGGAGGCGCCACUGCCAUCACCUGCUGCUGCUGUGGACAGAUUCGGAAAGAUGGAUGGAUGGAUGGAUGGAUGAAGAGGAGAGAGAAGAAAGAAACCAACUCGGACUAGUCCGCUUUCUUUACACUUAAUAUCCAAAGUUGACACACACACACACACACACACACACACACACACACACACACACACACACACACACACACACACACACACACACACACACACACACACACACACACACACACACACACACACACACACACACACACACACACACACACACACACACACACACACACACAGACAGACCCUGAAUGCACUGCAAGGACUCAUCAAUAUUUCCCAAGUUUCUGUUUUUGCUUGUUGCUUUGAUUUGUUGCCAUUAUUAUGUGUAGAAUGCCAGUGUAAAAAUUAGCUUUGGAGCAACAAAAAAAAUAUGUAUGGAGUGAGCCGAAUGCAAAGAAGUUAUAUUCUUGUGAAUUUUGGGGUGAUGUAAGAAGGGUACCCAUAUGUGCUUAUCUGUCAGACGGGUUGUCAUCGUCUCCAUCGGCUGGAUCUCUCACUGUUAAAAUAGAAAAAAAGGUACAGAAGACUGUGUAUGAUGUCCCUCGACAGGAGGUUGUCACACACUGUCCGGGUAUUGCCUGAUGCACACUAUAAGGCCGACUCAAACCGUACUGUGCUGAUUUGGAUACUUUCUUUUCACAUGAUCCUUUGCAGCACGGUUAUAGUACAUGAGGACGAUGCGUAACCAUGCCAGAACAGUACAGUAUGGUUUGGCUUAGUACAGUGAAAAGGCUAUUAAUAGCUUAAGCUGCACUGACUCCAAUACGAUAGAAGUUUUCACGUUUGUGCAAACGGGCUGUGGUGAUUUUCACAUUGCAGGCGUAUGUUGAUUACGGUGCCGUUCUGUGUCCUGGCAUCCAUUGCUUGGUAACUGGGUCCUGUUCAUUAGGCACCAAACUGGAAAAUGGACUGAAACUGACAUGCUCGUUCUCCGUUGCAAAGCAUUUGAAAGCGUUUCCUUGCGUGCCCUUAUGAACACGGCCGUGUGUACGUUACAGGAGCAUCCUAACCUGCGAUCAGAGAUCUGUCUGUUGUUGCAGACGUAAUAUCACCAUUGUCUUAAAAACCAAAAACUGACACCCACCUAUUAGCCUUGCAGCGACCUUGCAGCUCUGAAGUUUAGUUUUGAAUAAAAAGGCUGAUUUUGUAAGUGCAGUUUGA